AUGCCGCAAAAGGAGCCCGAUCGGAUAGAGAGCGGCUAUUGUAUUGUUGGAGAAGCCAAAGCGUACCUCCAAGUACCCACCUUUGGCGGGCUUCAGAGAAUGACGGUGAAGGAGCUUCUUUCUGUUCCUGCCAUAGAAAGACUUGUCAGCAUAAAGACCGGCAACUUCUUCUCCAAAUUUGCAACUAAAGAGAGCGUUAUUGAUCUGGUGGCGGCCAUAACAAUGAUCCCUCUCUGCUUAUGUGGAGGGGUAGUCCAAAUAUGUGGAGAGCACAUCAAGGAUACGGUAGAAGCCAGAAGUGCCCUUUUGAUUCUUAAGGCAUCAGAAAGAAUUACUGAAGGGAGAUCUAAGAGUAGCCUGUUCUCUUUUCUGAUGGCCCCUGAGUCUCUCUUCUUUGACGCCAUGUUCACGGCCCUUGACUAUAUCACGAAGACCGUUACAGAGGCCAAAUCUCUCAAGGAAAGAUAUAUAGUAACAAAUCGGUAUAUGGAUAGUCUGGAUGCUAUGAUGUUGUCCUUGGAAUAUAUAGCAAACACGAAUACCGGCACAGAGAUUCUCUUAGAUGAGUUGACGAGACGAUAUGCAGUUACUGUCAAUUCUGUUCACUGCACUUGCAUCCCUUUGAAUCCCUUUUUUAUGCUACUUGAUAUAGCGUAUGUCAAUAAUUUUACAGGCUCUCUACUUUGCAAAUGCUCGCCAGUAGCUAAGUCCGUUGCCACAAAGAUUAAUGAUUUUCUAUUAGCUACAUACUUUAUGGAUAUUGUAUUUUAUUAUCUUUUACCAAAAGACCUGCUUGAAGCCUCACAGAGUUUUCCAUGUCCAUCCAAUCCGUUACAUUCUCCUCUAGUAAGCUUCGUAGAGGUGUCUACUUGGUUGUGUGCAGGACCCGUAAAAGAUGGGCAAGCCAGGAACGGUGCACAACAGGAAGUGGACGAGCUGAACAAUCACAAGGCACGUUUGAGUGGCGUCUCUCCUAUCACAGAGGAUGUGCUAGCGAAUGCAGUGGAACUCCUCUGCCAGAUUAUGGCCAGCGGGAGUAUUCUAUUGAUAGGAUCGAUCGCGCGCUAUCUUCCAACUGUUGCCCGCAUCUUGUUCUCACCGGAGCUGCUGUGUAUGUCUUCACUUCAUACUCUUAAGCUCAUGUGUACGUUUUCCUCUACCUCUGUUAGCAUGAUUCUACGUGCUCCAAGGCUUUACAUUGCCGAAGUCCUUGGCACUGAUGAAUCAAGGUACGAUAGCAUUAGUGUCGAUACCGAUAGCAAGGGCUCGUCUGCAAGGUUCUCUUUACACAGUAUUAUUGAACAGUUGGCGAUUAUAGCGAUAUCAGGGGAGAAAACUACACGCACAGACGGCCAUUCUAAGUCAGCAGAUACAGCUAGAAGCGGUGGUCGAUCUGGAAUAGGAAGCAUCAGGCUCGGUCAAGCACUGUUUCCAAGUGAAGUAGAGACGGGGCUUGUUCCCAUAUACGAUGCGUACAUAGAACUGUUGGCACAGUUUCUUCAACACCAUAUGCCAAGGAUGGUCUCAGGGCGACUUGAUUCUAGUUACCUGGCACGCAUAUCCGUGACAAUGAAGCAUCUUGCCAGUGUAUUCUGCAUUCUCGAUGACAUAGGAAAGAUGCUCUAUCUUGCCACCAACAGCGCUUCAACAGAAGCCCUAGUUUUAUAUGCUGAUGGAGACAGCCUAACUAAGAAUGCCAGAUUCGAUUACCGUUACUGUGGACACAUUCCGUACUUGGGUACAAUAAGUACAACAUGUCCAGAGUCCAUAGAUCUUUGUGAGACAUAUCUGAUAAAGGGGAGAAUCAUCUCUCCAUCUCCCCUUAGCAUUUUUGCAUGCGCAUUUCCUCCCCCAGAAAACGGAAAAAACCCGUUGCUCACACUUCAACUCAUGCUUUUUAGCAUCACAACAGGUCAACAGACUAUUAUAAAACACUACGCUACACGAAUCCUCAGUUCUAUCAUUAUCUUCGCCACUGACUCCGCGAACCUAUUCAAGAGGGUGAUAUUGGACAGUAAGUUAUUCGCCUUUCUACCAUCACUGUCCCUCAAGAAAAACAGAAAUCCAUUCUUUAACCUGGUUUGCGAGACGCUCUUGAGGGUGAGUCUUCGGUGCAACGACACGUGUUGGAGACUCUACAAAGAGCGGCUGGCUGGCUACUAUAGGAACAAGGAUAUAGACACUAAACAAGAUCUAGCCUAUCCUCUUUCACUAUCUAACAUAAGCCCUCCACCUGUGGAUGAGGACGCCGGUCAGAUUGCCUUGAUACGGUUCCUUACAGAUUCUCCAGACUUCGUUACCUAUGUGCAAAGCGUUCUAGAGAAAAAUCAUGAUAAGUACAUAAAAAGUAGAAAUGACGGUCUAGAUCUAUCAGUAAAUUAA